AUGUCUCUUUUUGAUAGUUCGGAACUGAUGUCUCCUUUUGAUAGUGUGGAACUGAUGUCUCAUUGUGAUAGUGUGGAACUGAUGUCUCCUUUUGAUAGUGUGGAACUGAUGUCUCCUUUUGAUUGUGUGAAACUGAUGCCUCAUUGUGAUAGUGUGAAACUGAUGUCUCCUUUUGAUAGUGUGGAACUGAUGUCUCCUUUUGAUAGUGUGAAACUGAUGUCUCCUUUUGAUAGUGUGGAACUGAUGUCUCCUUUUGAUAGUGUGAAACUGAUGCCUCAUUGUGAUAGUGUGGAGCUGAUGUCUCCUUUUGAUAGUGUGAAACUGAUGUCUCCUGUUGAUAGUGUGAAACUGAUGUCUCCUUUUGAUAGUAUGGAACUGAUGUCUCCUUGUGAUAGUGUGGAACUGAUGUCUCCUUUUGAUAGUGUGGAACUGAUGUCUCCUUGUGAUAGUGUGAAACUGAUGUCUCCUUUUGAUUGUGUGGAACUGAUGUCUCCUUGUGAUAGUGUGAAACUGAUGUCUCCUUGUGAUAGUGUGGAACUGAUGUCUCCUUUUGAUAGUGUGAAACUGAUGCCUCCUUGUGAUUGUGUGGAACUGAUAUCUCCUUUUGAUAGUGUAAAACUGAUGCCUCAUUGUGAUAGUGUGAAACUGAUGCCUCAUUGUGAUAAUGUGAAACUGAUGCCUCAUUGUGAUAGUGUGGAACUGAUGUCUCCUUGUGAUAGUGUGAAACUGAAGUCUCCUUUUGAUAGUGUGGAACUGAUGUCUCCUUUUGAUUGUGUGGAACUGAUGUUUCCUUUUGAUAGUGUGGAACUGAUGUCUCCUUGUGAUAGUGUGAAACUGAAGUCUCCUUUUGAUAGUGUGAAACUGAUGUCUCCUUGUGAUAGUGUGGAACUGAUAUCUCCUUUUGAUAGUGUGGAACUGAUGUCUCCUUGUGAUAGUGUGAAACUGAUGUCUCCUUUUGAUAGUGUGAAACUGAUGUCUCGUUUUGAUAGUGUGGAACUGAUGUCUCCUUGUGAUAGUGUGAAACUGAUGUCUCGUUGUGAUACUGCGAAAAUGAUGCCUCCUUGUGACAAUACGGAACUGAUGCCUCCUUGUGACAAUACGGAACUGAUGCCUCCUUGUGACAAUACGGCACUGAUAGCCGACUUUAUAGGCCGGACUAGUGUGUAG